ACAACUGUACUGUCGCACUAAAAAAAUGGCGGACAAACUUUCACACGUUUCAUCCUUCUCAGUUAAAGAGAUGUGUGAAUGGGUGGAUAGCAUCUCAAAAGAUCUCACAACCAUAUUUAAAGAUUUUUUGUUAUGCUGCAACAACUAUAUAUUAACAAAAAAGAAAGAGUUGAGGACAGAGACAACUCCUGGUGGUGCUGCCACAUCGACUGCGACUACCCAUAGAAGUUCCGCUAGGAGCCCAAACCAUAGCCAGGCUCAGAGUGCACCAGACAAUAUCAUGGUAGAUGUUUCGAGGUUUGGACGGAGGAGGGUACCAAAAAGAUUUGAUGAAUAUAUUAUGUAAAAACAAUAAAAAUAAAAAUAAAAAAUGAAGUUC